CACACACAAAGGUCCAACUAUUUAUCUUCCCCUUUCCCAGUGUGUGAACUCGUUAAAACGACGUGGUUCUGAAACAGUAACUGGCUGACCAUCAUCAUCUUCGUACGCCGGAUAGUGACCUCCCAAAAGAAACACAGAAUCAUUAUUAUUCCCCUCUUCAAAUCUUUCGUCCCCUUGUGCAUUUCGCUUAAAAGUUGGAACCCAAAAUCGUAAAAAGUUUUUACCUUUUCUCAUUUUUUUGUUUGCAUUAAUGGCUUACCAAAAUUUGUGAGCUCUUGAACUAAAGACCCUCUCUUUCUUAUUCUUUCUUACGGUUUUGUGUUUGGAGCAAUGAAGAAGCCCAAACUCGAAAACUCCGCCUCACAGAGUCGAUUCGGGCUUGUUCACUCCCUAUUAGCUCUUCUCCUCUUUUACUUCCUCUGCAUCAGCUUCCAAAUCCCUUCCGGGUCUGAUGACGUGUCUUCCUUUGACGCAUUGCCGAGACAGAUGCUUGUCGGUACGGAAACGAACCGAGCUCCUGUCGGAGAAGAAGAAGGAAACAAACCGGGUCGGGUUAAUCGGGUGGGUCACGCCCAGCUUCGCUCCCCGGAGCAUAAAGUUCGAGACUUUAAAACCGUCUCCGAACUCUUCUCCAACGAGACCUUCUUCGCCGGCGGCGAUGAGUUCUCCGUCUUCUACAAAACGGCGAUCUCGACGGGGAAGAAAAUGUGGGACGGGCUCGAUUCCGGUUUAGUAACCAAACCGGAAGAAACCAACCCCCGGAAUGAGAAAUGUCCGGAUAUGGUUUCGGUUAACGGGCCCGAGUUCGUGAACCGGAGCAAGGUCUUGGUAACCGUCGUGGCGACGCCGCACUGGGCGCACGCGGAGAAAGGUGAUAAGACGGUGAUGGUGACGCAGUUCAUGAUGGAGUUGCAGGGGUUGAAGGCGGUGGAGGGGGAAGAUCCGCCUCGGAUCCUCCAUUUCAACCCGAGGAUUAGAGGUGAUUGGAGUGGGAGGCCAGUGAUUGAGCAGAACACUUGUUAUCGUAUGCAGUGGGGCUCUGCUUUACGAUGCGAUGGGCGUGAGUCUAGUGAUGAGGAGGAAGAUUCUGUUGAUGGAGAGGUGAAAUGUGAGAGGUGGAAGAGGGAUGAUGAUGGUGAUGGUGAUGGUGAUGGUGAUGAUGAGUCAAAGAACACAUGGUGGUUGAAAAGGCUAAUGGGUGGGAGGAAGAAGAUAACACAUGAUUGGCCAUACCCUUUUGAAGAAGGGAAGCUCUUUGUCCUUACCCUUAGAGCUGGGAUGGAAGGUUAUCACAUCAGCGUUAAUGGAAGACAUAUCACGUCUUUCCCUUACAGAACCGUGAGUAACAGAACACAAACAGUUCAUUGGUUUAGUGGUUUAUCAUUGGUUAUUUUUCUAUCUCAGGGGUUUGUUCUAGAGGAUGCUACUGGAUUAGCAGUGAAGGGGAACAUUGAUGUGCAUUCGAUAUACGCUUCAUCUUUACCCUUCACAAACCCGAGUUUCGCGCCGCAAAAGCAUCUUGAGAUGCAAAGCAUAUGGAAAGCUCCUGCGUUAUUACCUGAGAAGCCUGUAGAGCUCUUCAUUGGGAUCCUCUCUGCUGGUAACCAUUUUGCAGAGAGAAUGGCUGUGAGGAAGUCAUGGAUGCAGCAUAAGCUAGUCAGAUCCUCGAAAGUUGUCGCCCGGUUUUUCGUGGCAUUGCACGCAAGAAAGGAAGUCAAUGUGGAUCUAAAGAAAGAAGCUGACUACUUUGGUGAUAUUGUGAUAGUACCGUACAUGGAUCAUUACGACCUCGUUGUGCUCAAGACCGUUGCCAUCUGCGAAUAUGGGGUUAGCACAGUGGCGGCAAAGUAUAUAAUGAAAUGUGACGAUGAUACGUUUGUGCGAGUGGAUGCUGUUAUCCAGGAAGCAGAGAAGGUUAAAGGAAGAGAUAACCUUUAUAUUGGAAACAUUAACUUCUACCAUAAGCCUCUGCGCACUGGGAAAUGGGCUGUGACAUAUGAGGAAUGGCCAGAAGAGUAUUAUCCUCCCUAUGCUAAUGGUCCCGGUUACAUCUUGUCAUAUGAUAUAGCUAAGUUCAUCGUCGAUGAUUUUGAGCAGCAGAGAUUAAGAUUAUUCAAGAUGGAAGAUGUGAGCAUGGGAAUGUGGGUGGAGAAGUUCAACGAGACUAGGCCAGUGGCGGUGGUUCACAGCCUCAGGUUCUGCCAGUUCGGAUGCAUAGAAGACUACUUCACCGCUCAUUAUCAGUCGCCACGGCAGAUGAUUUGCUUGUGGGAUAAGCUGCAGAGACUUGGGAAGCCCCAGUGCUGCAACAUGAGAUGACUUUACAUUGUUUUUUAUUUUUUGCCGGAUUCAUUUGAAAAGAAAAUGAAUACGCAGAUGUGUUGAGUUUAUGGAGCUAACUGCUUUAGAUCUCUGUAUAGAACAAUCUAUAAUGUAUCUAUAUAUAUAUGAUAUAAGGAAGAGCUCUUGAAAAGUUGACAGAAAA